GCGCUCCAGAGCCAGAGCGCACAGAGAGCAGAGACCUGCUGGAGACCUGCAAGAGAAAGACCAGAGAAAGAUCUUUGCAGUGACAUGUGGAUGCAGUAAAAGGCACCUUGCGCAGACAUCAGUGUCCGAUCAGCGGGUCAAAGUAGAGGAGAGGAGCGGUAGAAACACGGAGCUCCUGUCCGUCAUCCCGCUGCAGCAGCGCAGAGAGGAGACACUCAGAGGAGGAAAGAUUCUCCUACACGAGGUGAGAGCGUCGGAUGAGGAGAAGAGGAGAGCGGAGGGCAUCGGAUAGGCAACAACAAGGAUGGCAGCUCCAGACUUAUUGGACCCUAAAUCCGCCACUCACAACACCAAGCCCCGCCUCUCCUUCUCCACAAAGCCAAUCACACUGACUCCCCGGGAGGAGAGUGAGGUGGUUGCCACGGUGAUGAAAUGGAAGACAGUGACGGCCAUCUUUCUUUUGGUGGUUCUGUACCUGGUGAUGGGAGCGGCCGUCUUCAGAUCCCUGGAGCAGCCUCACGAGAGUGACCAGCGUUUGGCCAUCCUAACCCAGAAGCUGGAGUUCUUGUCCAGCCACACCUGUGUCAACCAGAGCCAGCUGGAAGAGCUGGUUAAGCAAGUUGUGUCUGCUAUCCGUUCAGGAGUGAACCCUGCAGGGACGCUGACCAACCACAGCAGCCUGUGGGACCUGAGCUCCGCCUUCUUCUUUGCUGGGACUGUCAUCACAACCAUCGGUUUUGGGAACAGCUCUCCCCACACAGAAGGUGGAAGGAUCUUCUGCAUCAUCUAUGCGUUGCUAGGGAUACCUCUGUUCGGCUUCCUGUUGGCCGGUGUAGGAGAUCAGCUCGGCACCAUAUUCGGCAAGGGCAUCGCCAGAGUGGAGAAAAUGUUUGUGCACUGGGACAUCACUCAGACAAAGAUCCGGGUCAUCUCCACCUUGUUGUUUGUGCUGUUCGGCUGCCUGCUGUUUGUGGCGCUCCCAGCAGCCAUCUUUAAACACAUCGAGGGUUGGUCUGCGCUGGAGUCCCUUUACUUUGUGGUCAUCACCCUGACUACCAUAGGAUUUGGAGACUUUGUGGCAGGUGGUUCAGAAAUAGAGUACUUGGAUUACUAUAAACCAGUUGUAUGGUUCUGGAUUCUGGUGGGACUAGCCUACUUUGCUGCCAUCCUCAGCAUGAUAGGAGACUGGCUCCGAGUCAUCUCCAAGAAGACGAAAGAAGAGGUAGGAGAGAUCCGAGCUCAUGCUGCAGAGUGGACGGCUAACGUCUCAGCAGAGUUCAAAGAAACACGGCGACGUGUUAGCGUCGAGAUCUACGAUAAGUUCCAGCGUGCCGCCUCAAUUAAACGCAAACUGUCCUCUGAACUGGGAUUCAGCCCCAGCCCUGAGCUCGCUCUGCCCAGGAGGGCUGGGUCGGUCAAUUUCACCGAUGAACGGAACAGGAACGAGAGGGAUGCCGGGCUGCAGGGCCUGACGACACCUCUGGCUAGAAACGGCGGUUUAUACAUGAACGGCUUGGACCCAGAGAGAGGAGACAUCUCAGUCAUUGAACACCUCAAGUAGAAAGAAGACAGUCAACACUUUUCAAGAUCUUUCCAUCUGUCAUCAAUGGUGGCAUUAGUGCUCAGAAUGAAGUUUUUUUUGUUAUUCACAAAGCAAGUAAUAAUGAGAAUGUGGGACCCCAGCAGGGACAUCGUCACCCCUCUGCAGGGAUGUAAGCCUUGCUCAAGGACACUUCAGUGGAUCUUUGACAACGGGACGCUUUUCACCUCACCCCGUCAGUGAAACAAAGAGCAAGAAGAAGAACAUACAGAACAUGAGUUGAUCUUGUUGAAAACUGCAUUUACUGGGUGUCAACAACCUCUCAUUCAGAUUUUGGAAUAAAGCAAAGUUGCCCAUUGAUGAAGAUUUGGACCUUUCUCUAAAGGACAAAAGAAAUUAACGUUUCCAACAUACUGUAUACAUAAAAUAACAGUAUUUGAUGAGCUAAUAUGUCCAUGGUGCCUGUCUGUGUUUGCAGCACUCCAAUAUUUUACAUUCAGCAGUUUAGGAUACAUUUUUACUACACAGCUUUACAACUUAUGAAGAAUUUGUUUAUUUUUUUUGCCAUUUUUUUUUUAUUGGGAGAGAGAGAGAGAGAGAGACGGGUAUGACAUGCAACAAAGGUCGCUGGAUGGGAUCAAACCAUGGACGGUGCAUGGCUUUACCCCUCGACUAUGUUUUUAAGAGCGACGUUGCUGUCAGUCUGAAUGCAUAAUGACACUGACAAUCACGGUAGGAUGUUAACUAAAACAAUAAAUGACAUGUAAGGGAUGUUACUUAUAUGGUGGGAUGUGAUGAUAUCAGAGUUGUAAAAGCUACAGAAGAUGAUGAACUCCAAAGAUGGAGGACUCUGAUGGGGAGAGGCAGAUUUUGUGCUAAAUGACUGUAGCAUGUAAAGAUGUUGAGAUGGUGGGAUUUGAUAUUGUUUGAAGUACAGACAGAUAUAUUGAACCACAAAGAUGGAGGACUAUGAUGUUGACGAAACUACAAACUGAGUAAGAGAAUCUCUAGAUUAGAGCCAUAUUUAUCUGACUUAAAAACAAGUUGUUAACUCACAAGAGUGAAGUAUUUGCAGUUCUGAAAUAGUCACUUCUGAACCAAAACUGAAAUAUAUGAAACUAAAAAGCGCAGUGUGUAGAUUAAACUCUUUCUGUAUGUAACUUCCACCAUUGUAAUUGGGAGAAUCAACUGAAUAUAUUUUGAAAUCUAAAGCUUGUUUGCUGGUUUCACAUCGCCCAUUUUAUCGUGGUUUAUAAUCAUUACCACAGACCAUCUUUAUACUGAAAGGCAGUACUGUUACA